AUGGAGUUCUUUUGCAAGAUUUGCGAAGUCGCAAUUUGUAACGCCUGUGCUUUAUUGGAUCACGAGGGGCACUCAAAGAUGCUUCUAGAACUGGCUGCAAACGAACGAAAGUUAAGACUGAAAUCUGCAAUUGAAUCUCAGAAAAAAAGAGUCGAAACAAAGAAAAGUGAGAUCGAGAAACUUACCCAAUAUUACGAGGUAGUUAAAGAACGAGCUGCUUGCGUGAAGAGAAACGUACAAGAGUUUGCUGACAGCGUUCAUGCAGCUAUUGAAGCAAAGAAACUAGAAAUCUUUGAUGAUGUGGAACGGAGAACACAAUUAUCUCUCAAGCAUAUAGGAAUACAAAAUGACAAGUUUGUAGAACAGGUUAAACAGCAUGAAUCAGAAAUUGAAAGGACAGAAACAAUUAUAAAGCGAAGCACAAGUGCCGAAAUUAUGCAGCCGAACGAUGUGUUGAACAUUAUAUUAAGGGAAGAGAAUAGCAGAGAGGAGACAGUCACCGAUCGAGAGAACGAAAGUUUUUUGGCGAGGCUGAGUUUUGUGAAAAAUCAAAAGUUGUUUGAUCUCGCAUGCGUAGAACAGAUUGGCUCACUCAAAAGUACCCAGACUAAAGCGCAGCAAUCAAGUGCUGAUGGAAAAGGAAUCAGUGAAGCGAUUGUUGGACUUGAAGCACUGCUUGUUGUGACAACAAGAAACGCCGAAGGCCAACAGUAUCACGACGAUUACGACUACGUAACAUUGGAAAUCAGGAAUCGUCAAGGCGAAAACUGCGCAGCUGAGGUGCAAGUCCAAGAUAACAAAGAUGGUACUUACAAGAUCAAAUACUUUGCCAAAGAAACAGGAACAUGCAGUGCAUCAGUGAAGGUCAAGGGAGAACAUAUCCGUGGCAGCCCUUUUGAGGUUCAAGUCAAACCCAGAGAGUUCAGACCUGUCUUAUCUUUUGGACAACAAAUAUUGGAGAAUCCUUGGGGGGUAGCAGUAAAUGAACAAGAUGAAAUUGCAGUGAGUGACGCUGGUAACCAUAAGAUUUACUUAUUUAAGAGCGAUGGAACUCAUAUUAAAUCUUUUGGUGGAGAGGGAACACAUCCCGGUGAGUUCAACAGGCCUGCCGGAAUAGCUUUUCACAGUAAUAAUAUUAUUGUGGCUGAACAGCAUAACCACAGAGUUCAGCAAAUCAGUAAACAGGGGCAGUACCUGAGCCAUUUUGGUGAAAAAGGACUUCUUGAUCGGCAGCUUGAUUUUCCUUGUGGUUUAUCUAUUGACAGUGAUGGCAACAUCCUCGUUGCUGAUCGUGAUAAUGCAUUAAUAAAGAUUUUUUGUGCUGGGGGUCAAUUUUUAAGUAAAAUUGGGAAAGAGGGUGAUUUCACUAAACCUUGGCACUGUAUUCAACAUGACAACUAUCUUAUAGUAUCAGACAGUGGUGAUCAUUCUGUAAAAUUGUUUGAUAGGAAGGGUAACUUCCUUUACAAAUUUGGGAAGAUGGGAAAUGCAGACGGGGAAUUUAACACACCUCGUUGCUUGUUCAUGAACAAGGCAGGACACCUGAUGGUUUGUGAUAAAAAAAAUUACUGGAUUCAGGUGUUUGAUCUGAGUGGGAAGUUUGUCGCUAAGUUUGGAAGAAAAGGAAGAAGGAUGGGAGAGUUUAAUACACCGGUCUCAGCAGCAGCUCUUAGUGAUGGCAAAAUAGUUGUGACCGACUUAAAAAACCACCGCGUUCAGCUGUUUGAAUAAAUAUGACACCAGCUCUUACUCAGGACGUGCUCCGUAACGUAACAACGCUUUUUUGAUUUAGAAUUGAAAAUGCUGGUAUGUUACCAAUUAUGAACGUUGGCAGCAAUACUGGAGUCAUAUAAAAUAUUUUAAUGUCUCUUCUUGUGAACGACUCAGAGAUUUGAUUCAAUUUAUUCCUUGAUCACAAAGGCGUUGUUGGGCCUACUAACUUAAGGCUAACUUUGAUACUUCUUACUUCAGAGUUGUUAAACCUGACAAGUCAAGCAAAGUCAGGUCAAAGUUUAUUUGGGCAGGGUAGCACUAUCCCUGGCACUAUCAGCUUUUAGCUGGUAUUAAAAGGGGCCUUUCGACAAUGAAAAUGCAAGCAAUUGAAAUUUUAGAUUUGAUCUACUUUUCCCUUACCCAGGUUUGAUUCAUGCUAUAAUUAUUAAGUAUUUUAAAGGAUGUUUUCAAUUAAGUAUUUACUGCAUAAUGGGUUACGACUAUGGGAUAUAUUGUCGAAAUGUAACGUUACGAAUAUUCUAAUCAUUUAUUAGUUGUUUAGAAUAACAUUCAUUUGCAGCUUCGAUAAGCAUUUAAAAACUAGUAGUGAUCAACAUAAACCUUCUCCUGUGAUGAAUUCGUUGUAAAACAGAUAAGUUCUUCUAUUUUAGUACUGAGCUUACCCGGUAACUCUUCUUAUUGUAAAAUAUAUUCAAUUAAGAUUUCCAACAAAAACUUGUGCAUUUUUAAACGACCUUUUGUCUGGUUUCCCGGUAAUGAUCUCUAUCGCUAUAUCCGUCAAUUUUACCUUUAUUUUCUGUGUUUUCGAUCAAAUUCAUGCAGUUGCUGGUGUUACUUGCAAUCAAUGAUAGUUGCAAGUAUUAUGAUUACCGUUUAGGAUACCUCCUGUUUCUCAGGUGACGCUGCAAGUAAAUAUCUACCGUCUUAAGUUGUACUGAAUUUCUUCUUGUCUGCCACGUACUGCGCUUUUUAAUGUUCGCUUCUGGAAUUUUCCAAUCACGUCCGAAGUUAAUCUGUAGAAAAAAUUAUCCAAUAAUUGUCGAUGAAGAAGCUUUUCACCUUCUGUAGAUCAACUGCUUGACAAGAUAUUCUUAAAAGGUGUAAUUUAAGUAUUUUUCUCACUGUUACUGUAAGAAUUCUAAGUGCUCUCCUUGUUUUGUGUUGGCCAGAUGACCUAAUUAAGCUUAACGGUGCACGCAUGGACAUAAAAACUAUUUUUCUAGGUUUCGUGCUUAUCAGUCUGUUUUAACCAAUCAGAGAAGACUUGUUUCAGUAUUAGUUUGCACUAAAGCAGCUGGUCUUCUGGCUGAUAAUGAAAUGGGUGCAGUACUGAAUAAGCAGAGAAUCGUAACAACAUAAUAGACCGAAAAGGAGAGUCCGUUUAAUUGGCCACUUCCGAGUUCCAAAAACCCUCACUUUCAAAACGAGGCACAGGUGCACAACCUUUCUUGUGAAAAUGAGUUUCAUUUGCAUGAGAAUGAAAAAUAAUUUCCAUAUCAAAGGCUGAGCACCUACCCUCGUUUUGAAACAGAGGCCCGGGGGAACUCGGAAAUAGCCUAGAUUUUUUGAGUUUGCUUCUCAGACUCGAUUCCUCUUUGUACAAGUUAGAAAUCCAAUUUCUUUGUUGAGGCAUCAAUCUGCAAUUGGUAAUAACAAAAUGUUGUUGACUCCUUUAAUAAAUUAAAUGAAAAUGAAAUGAAAUGAAACAUAGACUGAAAGGGAGACCAAAGGAAACUGAUAGUCAAGACCCUGUUCACCGUCUGGAAUAUCGUUCGGAAUAUCGGCUCCCGACUUUCCAUUUUCUUCCUUCUUCCGUCGUUGUAAUAACAUUCUAUUGCGAAACCAAAGAGAGAAGCAACUACGGAGGCAAAAGGUUUGAGCCCGGCAAUAUAUAACAAAGCCGUUUUCCAAUCACGUGUGACGUACAAGCUAGUGUAACAGUGCUUCUACUUCGUCAUUGUAAAUUACAUUAGAGAAUAUAGUUGUUCAAAGUUGUUCUACCCCCAUUCCUUGCGUUGCCCAUACAACCCUACAUUCCGGCCUAGUCCUCAUACUAGCACAUGCAUUGUUCCCCUUACUUCCUCUCAGUGCUGGUUUCACGCAUUUCUUUCGGCAUAACCCUCUUUCAAAUGAGAAAAAGGUGAAAACCUCAGCGCACGUCUCGAUAAUUCAGAAGUGUAACUUUUGCUGACCUUGGCUCAAAUUUACAACGACAAAAAAAACCGAUUCUUCUAUCUUCCCCUCGUAAACAUGGCGCGUCCUCUGCCAACGUCCAGUGUUCUCUUACAUGAGAGUGUUAAUGGGGUUAACCGACUAGCGACAAAGGGCGAAAAAUAUGCAACUGGCUACCGACAAAACCAGACAGGAAACAUAUUAACCGACUACCGACAUGGACCCACAUUAUCGAUAUCUGUUUUCAGAAAAAGAGCAUUUUGUAUGUUUCUUGCCGGUAGGAAGUAACCUCUUUAAAUUUAUCACUCAUCAUAUGGUAAGGGAAAGAAUUUCCUCUUGUGUUGAUAGUCAGGUACAGACAACCAAUAUCAAAAUCACAGGAGUCACACCUUCAGGAUACUACUGACUUUCUAAGCUAAAUCAUUUUUAUUGAAAAGACAAAGGUGAAAAAAACCGAACAUUUCUUGUUUCGGUCCGAGAAAUGGUUAGAUUAAUCCUCAAAGAAAAUUCUUUCCAGUUUAAUAAAAAGCGCUAUCAGUACGAAAGCCACGGUACCGCGGCGAGCACAAAGACAGCAGUUUUCUUUCCCAACAGUUUCACGGAAUAUAUUGAAACACAAAGUUUAAGUAAAACCGUCUUUAAACCAACUGUUUGAAAACGCUACAUAGUGGGUGUUUCAAAAGAUCGUUCCGAUGUUUUCUUCGCUUGAGUUUUACUGAUUAUUAAAAAUACCUUUUGUAAAACUAAGUAUGUUAUUCAUUAUUCAAUUAACAUAGAAUAACCGAAAUAUUAGGACACCAGAAAUGAAUGUCUUCCUUUAUGUUUUCUGACAUUUUCAAACGGUGAGGUAUAGAAUGUACGAGCUCCCAAAGCAUUGUCUAAAUUCACAUUUUUCCAGGCGAAGCGUAGUCAGUGUCUUAGCUCCACUAGUGUUUUGAGGGCUGGAUCUUUGUAUGUUGUAUCGUUAACGCUAAUCCAGAAGGUCUCUAAAAGGUUCACAUCACGUGAGUUUGCCGGCCGGUCGUCCUUUGAUGAAGGUUUGCAAAUCCUUGUGACACGAUGCCUGCAUGAAGUGUGCGCCGCCUUUUUCUAGUCAAGGCUUUCCAAUUUUUGUUGGUCAUAUAUCUUCAUACCGUUGUGCUCGAAACUUUGAUAUUGUCAAUCCCAAAGCCGCCGCGGCCAAAGUCACCGUUUUCUAUGUCGCCGUCCACCUAAACUGAAGGUCGCUAUUACCAAGGCACAGCCCCAAGGGUCUCACAUGCCAUCAUCGAAUCAUCUGUGUACUUACCAAGUGAAUUGGAGUCUACCGUAUACAAAACAACCCUGAUACAGUUCGUUCAACUGUAGUUGUUGCACCCGGAAUAUUCGGUUAUAAGACUGGAACCUAAACUACUCGACUAAAGUCUACUCUCAUUUCAAAAAUCUAAAAGAGAGUUUUAACUCAAGGUGGGGUAGUUCUUUGAUUGCCAAGCUUUUCAGUUGAGCUUAUCAGACUCUAAAAGAGAAUUGUCAUCUCACGAUUUAGACUCUACGCAACUUUGUUCCUGCCAAGUUGAAUUUCGUGCCACGGAUCUCUACCGAUCGGAUUCUCCUCUUCAUUGUCUUCACCUUUAGCAUCGUUAGGGACGUAGGCGUAUAAGGCCGAAUACUUGUGUUCAGCUUGCUUCGCCAUGUUAUACUCAUGUAGGUCAGCGGGCUGUCAUUAAAUCGAUAGGUAUCAUUAAAGUUGUUAGUAUCAUUGUUUUGUCAUUACUGCAAAGUGCAUAAUAUUAUUCAUUCAAACUAUUUCUCCGUUUAUGAGUGGCUUAAUAUAUAGAUUUAGCCAGGGCUAAAAGCGAAGCUCUCUUUAAUAUUUAUAGAUUCCUCAAAGAAAAUAUAAAAUCGAUGAAUACUAAAGACAAGUUGAAAGCAACGAAAACGCUAAAAACAACAAUAGAUCUAAUUAGCAAAAAAACAACUUUGCACGUGCAGCACACUUUUUUUCUAAUUAGCAAAAAAACAACUCUGCACGUGCAGCAGUUUUUUUUUUGUACAUUUCCUUACCGUUGUUUUACACGACUAACGUGAAACUUCUUUUAGCUUCCUAUUUACGCGUUUUAUGGAGGAAAUGUUUGUGUUCCUGUUCAUUCUACUUUUUCACUGCCGCUGCUUUUUCACAUUAGUAGCCGCUAGCAUUCUUCAUGUUGUAACCGCCGCUAUAUAAUUUUCAUGUUUUCCUUCCAGCGGCAUUAGUCUCCGUUGUUAUUUAUUUCACGGUCCUGACAAGUGUGACACUUGACAUCGGCUUACAUGAAGUGUGUGUACGGGUGGGCGGGCGGGUGUACGCUACGUCAUAACCAAAUUUUAUCGGAUGGAUAGUUUACCAAAUUUUCUUACCCAUGGUGCUCCGCUGGCGCGCUUCGCGCGCGAGAGCUCCGCUAAAAUCACCUGCUAUCUCUUAAUGAGCACCUAACAUUGACUAAAUUUGGAAGAUGUUGCCGAUAUCAAUACGAUUGCUGUUAAUCAUAUUGAUAUCGACAGGAAAAGGGACGCACAAGCAUGCGGCGAGGUGGCUCAGCUGUCUAUAUAGCAGUGCGGAGCAGGAAAAAAUAGCCAAAGAUUUCGCACGUCAUGCGGAAACGAAUUAGCCGAAUCACUGACUGAAAGUCAAAAUAAUAGCGGAGCUCUCGCCAGCGGAGCACCAUGGGUAAGAAAAUGAAGUAAUCUACCCAUCCGAGAAAAUUUGGUAAUCACGUGACCAUACACCGACCGACCGCCCGCCCGAGCGACCGUCCGUCCGCACCACAGGCAUACCAAUGUAAAAUAACUCAAUCAACCGGUAUGGCAACCUAAAUGCAACUUGAGGUUAUUUUGGCGGGAAAUCCCAUAGCCACCAGCGUCUUGUAAAGCAGAGACAACUAAAGAGUCAAUCAACGGAAAGCGGAAAUUGUUUCUGUAUCCGUGUUGUCUAAAGUAUUUAGUUUAGAUUAAUUGUCGUGUCCACAAAUUUGGCAUAUAGAGCAGGAGAAAGGCAGAUAAAAAGAGAACGUAGGCGGCAGGCCAGCGAAGCUCAACGAGAAAAAGGGCGACAGAGGUCUAGAGCGAGAGAUAAAAAACAAAGGAGACAUUUUUUUGUUGGAACAACAACAUACAAAUUUUGUAGCGGCGGUGACAAAAUGGGAAAUGCCAGGGGCCACCAAUGCAAGGUGAAAAUUAGCGGCCGUGAAAAAAAAGUAAACGAGAACACGUACGACAUUUCCUCCAUGAAACGUGUAACAAAGGCUGCGUUUGAUUGGGAAAUCCGGAUUUAUAUCCGGAUUUUUUUAGAGAAGGUCAACUGGUCUUCAGCCAAUUAGUCACUAUGUUUUUUUGGUGACCAUUACGUGACCUUUAGUAACGGCAAACUACCCUCAAAAUAGAGGUUGUUGCAGGAAAUAGAAAGGGUCAACUGGUCUUCAGCCAAUUAGUCGCUGUUUUUUGGUGACCAUUACGUGACCUUUAGUAACCGCAAACUACCCUCAAAAUAGAGGUUGUUGCGGGAACUAGAGAAGGUCAACUGGUCUUCAGCCAAUUAGUCACUAUUUUUUUUUCUUUUGGUGACCAUUGCGUGGCCUUUCAGUGAUCUUUGCUUUGUAAGUAGAAAUGCUGCGCUGAUAACAAGUUUCUAGAAUAUUCAGGUGCACAUGCAAUCGGAUACUUCGAGUCACACUGUAUUUUGGCAAGUCCGUACACAAUGAACCGUUCAAAAAGAUUUAUAUGUUUUUCUUUGAUUAUUGAACUGUCUUUUCCACACUAAUUCAAUUCAUCCAUGAGCUCGCUCCUAGGAGCCUUUGAUUUCUGGUAGAUGCUGCAAUUUUUUCUGUCCUGAGGCAGAAAAAAACAAGUAAGUCCCUGAGAAUAUUCUCUCUGUAAGUAUCCAGUGAGAGCAAAGAAAUCAGAACUCCAGGUCAGAAUGAUUUUAUAUUAAAAAUUGUUUGUCGUUUGUUUUGCAAGUACUAACACCAACACCUCCCCUUCUUAGCAUGAUAACCGUGAAAUUCCAAAUAAAGUAAUGUUUUAAAAAAAAUAGCGAUCACUCCCGAAAGUAAAGACAGACUGCUUCGUGAAUUACGCCGCUUUUGGAUGCUGGUCUGGUAAUAUUCUACAUUCUGACCAGUGAUUGCAGGGACCACUGGCUCCUUAUUGGGUAAAGGGAAGAAUAUUAAACGCGGCCAGUGCAAAAUAAGCGAAUCUUUGCUGGCCGAUUUUUUGAGCUGUUUACCUUGCCUGGAAGCCUUAGGCUAAACACUCAAAGGGGAAGUGCACAAGGUAUGCGUGCAUUUAAGGAGGAGGAACGGAGCGUCCUUAUUCAGUUUCUGUGACAUAAAUGAAAGGAAUUACAGGGUACAAAACUGUGCCACCUAUUGGCAUCAAGUUCCGUAUGUAAGUGAAGGGUCCACAGCGACUUGAAAGAAAGAUUUCUUUCCUUUGUUUGUUUGUUUAUUAUUAUUUUUUUGCCUUCAGCAUUUAUCGUUUUCUUCCUCUUACUUUUUUUGUUAUCCGCAUUUUCCCAUCCACGUCCGCCAUCUGCAGGUAUCUGGUCCGCGUCUUAUAGACACCCCAUCACUGUGAAAACCAUCUCUUGCGAAGAAAGUAAUACCAUCCAUCCCCAAAUUCUCAGAAUUGUUUAUCUUUUCGCCAGCAAAUUCUUAGAAGCCGCUCAUCGGUGACCCAUCUGAAGUACUUCUUUCUGAUUGGUUAGCAUUAUUUCCGGCGAUCAAUAUUUAUUUUAGUGGAUUUAACCUAUGCAGCCCACAAAGGCAUAAGCUCCAUGAACUAGUCAGUUAGUCUUUCACUUUGGUCGUAUUCUUCCGCCCUUAUGGAUAUUCAAACCUUACUGAACAACCUUCAUGAAGAGUUAUCAUGUUCUGUGUGUAUGAGCAAGUACACAGAUCCAAAACAGUUGCCGUGUUUGCAUAGUUUUUGCCUUCACUGUCUGAAUGGGAUUCAACGAACGAGUGGCGGACGAGAUAAAAUUCCGUGCCCGGAGUGCAGACAGGAAUUCAAUGUCCCUGAUAAUGGAAACCUAGCAGCUUUGCCAACAAACUUUCGUAUUAACAGCUUGCUUGAUGUAUUAGCUAUAAAAGAGUGCAGCACAACCGGAGUUAAGUGUGGAAAUUGCGACGAACGAACCAAACAAAGCCAUUAUUGUUUCCAGUGUUAUUCUUUCUGGUGCGAAGAGUGCAUUGGACUCCACAAUAGGAUCAAGGCGAAUAAAGAUCACUAUGCGCUGGCAUUGGAAGAAUUUCGAGAAGAAGACUUUGAAAACAUUUUAAAGCGACCUUCAUUUUGCGGAAUUUCAGGCCACGAAAAGAAAGAAAUGGAAUUCUUUUGCAAGAUUUGCGAAGUCGCAAUUUGUAACGCCUGUGCUUUGUUGGAUCACGAGGGGCACGCAAAGAUGCUUCUAGCAAUGGCUGCAAAUGAGCGGAAGUUAAGAUUGAAAUCUGCAAUUGAUUCUCAGAAAAAAAGAGCGGAAGCACAGAAAAGUGAAAUCGAGAAACUUAUCGAAUAUUACAAUGAAGUUCAAGAGCAAGCUGCUUGUCUGACAAGAAACGUACAAGAGUAUACUGACAGCAUUCAUGCAGCCAUUGAAGCAAAGAAACUGGAGAUUUUUGAUGAUGUGGAACGGAGAACACAAUUAUCUCUCCAGCAUAUAGAAAUACAAAUGGACAAGUUUGUAGAACAGGUUAAAAAGCAUGAAUCAGAAAUUGAAAAGACUGAAUUACUUAUAAAGCGUAGCACAAGUGCGGAAAUCAUGCAGUCGAAUGAUCUGUUGGACAAAAUAGAAGAAGAUACAGCUGCCCUUCGUGAAAACAAAGUAAGUUUUCCGGCGGGGCUAAGUUUUGUGAAGAAUCAAAAGGUGUUUGAUCUCGUGCGCGUUGAACAAAUUGGCUUCCUCAAAAGUAAGCAGAGUGUUGAAGCGCAGCAAUCUAGCGCUGAUGGAAAAGGAAUCAGUGAAGCGGUUGUUGGACUUGAAGCACAGCUUGUUGUGACAACGAGAAAUGCGGUAGGCCAACAAUGUUACAACAACGAUGACAAUGUAAAACUGGAAGUCACUAAUCGUCAUGGUGAUAACAGCGCAGCUGAAGUGCAAGUCCAAGAUAACAAAGAUGGUACUUACAAGAUCAAAUACUUUGCCAAAGAAACAGGAACAUGCAGUGCAUCAGUGAAGGUUAAUGGAGAACAUAUCCGUGGCAGCCCUUUUGAGGUUCAAUUCAAACCCAGACAGUUCAGAUCUGUGUUAUCUUUUGGAGAACAAAUAUUGAAUAAUCCUUGGGGGGUAGCAGUCAAUGAACAAGAUGAAGUUGCAGUAAGUGACGUUGGUAACCAUAAGAUUCACUUAUUUAAGAGUGAUGGAACUCAUAUUAGAUCUUUUGGUGGAGAUGGAACACAACAAGGCGAGUUCAAAAGGCCUGCUGGGAUAGCUUUUCACGGUAAUAACAUUAUUGUGGCUGAACAGGGAAACCACAGAGUUCAACAAAUCAGUAAACGGGGGCAGUACCUGAGCCAUUUUGGUGAAAAAGGAAGUCUUGAUCGGCAGCUUUAUAAUCCUUGUGGUUUAUUAAUUGACAGUGAUGACAACAUCCUUGUUGCUGAUAAUGUCAAUAAAUUAAUAAAGAUCUUUUCUGCUGGGGGUCAAUUUUUAAGUAAAAUUGGCAAAGAGGGUUCUUUCAUCAGCCCCUUUCACUGUAUUCAACAUGACAACUAUCUUAUUGUAUCAGACAGUAACGAUGAUUCUUUAAAAUUAUUUGAUAGAAAGGGUAACUUCCUUUACAAAUUUGGGAAGUCGGGAAAUGCAGACGGAGAGUUUAACACACCUGAAUGCUUGUCCAUGGACAAGGCAGGACACCUGAUGGUUUGUGAUAUGUUAAAUCACAGGAUUCAGGUGUUUGAUCUGAGUGGAAAGUUUGUUGCUAAGUUUGGAACAAAAGGAAGCGGGAUGGGAGCGUUAAAUGCACCGGUCUCAGCAGCGGUUCUUAGUGAUGGUAAAAUACUUGUGUCUGAAAUCAGCAACAGUCGUAUUCAGAUUUUUGAAUAA